AUGGCGGACUGGUUAAGUUUAUUCUCCGCUCUCAUUAUAGUGGGAUGCUUUCUCCUUUUAGCUCGGUUUAUUGUUAGUCUUGGCGUCAUGGAAAGAGAGGCCAUGUUUAAUUUGAAUCUUCCACGAAGAGAAAUUCCCUCAAAGCAAAUGAUCGAGGUGAAAAAUCCCUUUGUUUUAAAAUUGAAGUCUCUCCAUUCGACUUCCACUGCUGAUUCAGGUAAAAGGUAAUCCUUGACAAGAUAUUACUAUUUAAAUUUUCUGUGAUGUACUAUUGAGAUAGAGGAAGAGAAAUUGAAACAAAGUUAAAUUUUUGUUUCUCAAAAUAGUUAUUAUGAAAAACCUAUAGAAGAGCUAGAACAAAGAAAGCAAAUUAAUGAAAACAAACAAAAUAAACCUCUGAGACUUGAGACCUUAUUGGGAAAUUUAGACUUAAAAGUUUAUUGUUUAUGACAAUCAUUCAAGUAUUAUUGAUUUUCUUCAAAUAGUAUAUUAUUUGAAGAAAGACAGCAGAGAUUCAUAAUGAGCGAUAUUGGUCUGAUAUUUAUUAUAGGUGUUAUAGAAUUUCUUCUGAGUACAACUUCACCAUGCUAUUUGACUCUGUAUUGGGAAGUAACAAAGGAUGUCAUAGAUUCUGUCCUUGGUCAUUCACACCCUGAACAGCAAACAAGUGGUUUUGAUGAUGCUGAGAAUGGUGAUGAUGACUUGGAUUUGGAUGACGUACCAAUAAUGACUGCUCUUCCACUGGAGCACUUCCUUAAAGGCUCAUACAAAGAGCGAGGAACAUCAGAAUUGUAUCCUUAAGUUAAAACUCAGCUUGAAAUCCAAUUCCAUUGGUGCAACUAUAUAAGCAAAUAAAAGCGCAGAGUAACGCAGAAAAGCAAUCUAGGACUAAGUGGAUCUGCAAUUCAGCCAUUAAUUUUAAAUGAAAAUUAAUUUUUUUGAUCACAAUUAUGAUUACAGAUAAAAGGAAGAAAUAACAUUCUUGGUUUAACACCAAUAAUAUAAUGAAAUGUCACUAAAACUAAAUUUGCAGAAAACACAACAAUGGUUGUUAUGUUUUAGGUCCAGAUCAGAUGCUGAACUUUUCAUGUCACAAACCUAAUGCAUAAAUUAUUAUGUAUUUUGCAGGCUGUUUGACUGAAAUGAGCAUUUUUCUCCUUUUGAAUUUUGUUGUAGCUGGAACUGAGAUCAGCUUCUGAAUCAAUUCAGCUAAGCAAUUUUAUUAAUAAUUCAAAUUAAUCUGGCUCGUGAAAAGUUCGGCAUCUGAACCGGACCUUAUUAAAAUAACAUCAUAGAUAGAAAGAAAGAAAGAAAGCUUAUAAGUAUUAAGGCACAAUGCCUACUGCCCCAUUGCACUGUCCUAUUUAUGAUUAAGUCCAAGUUGCUACAGGCCAAUCGGACAGGGUAUGGUUUGUGACUGUAGUUUGGAUCUCAAUGAUGGAACUGAUCAAGUGGCAGAAUGCAAGAAUCAUUAUUAUAUGAUUUUGAAAUCUUUUCUAGAGAGCCUUCACAUUGUAAAAUAACUCAGCUAAAAUAUCUUGGCAUGCGACACUGAACACUCCAAUACUAUACAGGACACCCAAGUACCAACCUACUGAGAUAUCCCAAAAUUAGGUAUCCUCCAACUUUGUUGACAAAACCUGAAAAUUAGUAAUUAUUAAAGGAAACCAAGGCUCAAUCCUUUCAUGGUGUUUGAUUUUUCACCCUCUCUUCAUAAAAAAAAAACUUCCACUAGGAGGCAGUAGUAGGAGGAGGAAUAGUAUAGAUAGUGUAAAGUUGAACGAAUGUUUGGCUAGGAACAUUUUGUUCUUAACUGAAUAACUUCAGCUAUGACUCAGGUGUUGAUCAUACAAUAAUAGCUGUGCCUCCAACUGAUCUAAAAAUUGCAUCACUAUCAAGUCACCCUUCAGAAGGCAGUAACUCAACAUAUUCGCUUAUAGUGACUGUAGAGAUGUGUCCGAAUGAUGAACAGGGACCACAACAACUUGCAGAUAUUGUAAGUGAUUCAGUGUAGAAAGUUACCAUAUGUAGCAAUAGUGUGGAAAUGGGGUAGCCAACCGAAAUCAUUAAACUGUUAGCACCCCUCCCCCUCCCCCCCAAAAAAAGAUUGUUGAGAUGACUUUUGUUUAGUUCACAUGACCAUUGCAAGCACCCUGUUUGGUCAUGAUUGUGUGACAUUCCUUUCUUUUUAAAAAGGCAAUAACUGGUUUGUGCUUCAAAUGCUCUAAAACUACCCGGAUAGAACUCUGUUGAAAUAUCUCUGCAUCUGAUCAUAAUAUCAUAAAACAUUACUGACUUCAUAUCUUUUCCAGUUAUUGAUUUGCAUCACUGAAAAGCUCUUGCAUAAGUAUUCAUGACCAUUUCAAGCACAAACCAUUGUUAUUGCCUCACACAAAAGGGAGAAAAAAAAUAGUAACUUGAGUGACGCAGAAAUUCUAAUGUGUAUCAUAAUUUUCUUUGGGUUGCUAACAGUCACCUUAUUAUUGGAAAUUAAUUCUCCAUGGAAUGAGGGUAUUGGAAAUAAAUGCAACAUAAAUUAAUACAAAUUUAUAUGGAAAACUUUUGAAUAACGGAAAUUAAUGUGAAAGAGAGCAUAACAUUUCAAAAUGAAGGAAAAUUAUUCAUGCGACAUUGACAAAGAAACAAAGUUAAACACAUAAUCUUAAGAAGAAACUUUGAUUGUCGUACUUUCCCUAAAUGUACAAAGGGGGUCAAGCAAAGAAAAUGUGGCCACUUCCAUGGUUCUUCACAGUUUUACUGAUGCUGAUUUUUCUCAGCUAUAGGAUUUAUUUUGUUAGAAAAAUAACAGCAUGGCCAGGCCUCCCUCCCAGAUCAUUCACCAGGAACUUUAAAUAGCAAUAUAGUCAUUCACCUUAUUCCAAAAUGGUGGCAAAUAAAGUUAUUCUUUUGUCUUCAUGAUAACUGGCUCUCAAUGCUUCAUUUGAAGAUUAAAGUUCUUUAGAAUACUCUAGAUGCAAUCAAGGCAAUGAACCGGGGUGAAUGAGGGCUAAGUGACAUGAAUACAAAAGAAACAUUACUUUGUAGUAGCCAAGGCCAUUUCUGAACUGCUCCAAGCCACUGGUUUGAAGCGAGCCUAAACACAAAGCCAUUGAUUUGAAGAUGAUGUUUUUUUCUCGUGCAAGUGAAUCUCAUUUUCACAAGAAAGGUUUUGCUUGAGCUCUUGGCCUCAUUUCAAAAGUGAGAGUUUUUGGAACUAAGAAAUGGCCUUUUAAUAUAGCCAUCAUUUUGGCGAAUGAGGUGUAUAAAAUUAUAUUUUGAAAGACAUGUUAUCAAUGUCAUUAAUAUUAAUUUAAUAUUAUUGCUGAUGUUAUCUUUUAAUAUUAUUGCUGAUGGUACCUCUGACCAGGGGUCAAUUUGAUAAAACUUUUAUGGGAGUAAUUUACAAGUGUAGCUAUUGUUUUAUGGUCCAAAAACAAUAGCUACAUGUCUUGUAAAUUACACUUGUUAACAUUUUAUUAAAUUGACCCCAGUAGCAAGUGCCACAGUAUUUAGUUUUCCCUUUUUCUCUCAGGUCCUUCCUUCUUCCUUGUAUUUCUUGUGAUACUGGAGGCAUAAUUAUUAUGUAUUUUAUUAUUUCUACAUAGGUGGCUCUUAUGACAGCAGUUCAAUUAUCCAAUGUUUCAGCUGGUAAACUUACCAGCAACAUAGUGAUGCAAUUUGUUCAGACUGCGGAAGGAAACAUAUAUAGUAUGAAGGUAUAAUCUUUGCUCCAAUACUUAACUAACUUUCUAGUCAUGCAAGUGUCAAAUUUUUGUAAGUUUAUAGUGGUACUUUUUGAUGCUGGAAACAAAUCUAGCACUGCACAUUGAUGGAUGCAUGUAACUGGAGAAAUGGAUGGAUGGUGGUCAAGUGGUAACCACCUUGAACUUCAGAUCUGCAGUUCCCAGUUCAAGUCUUGCCAUUUCGUUGGCAGUUUCCUAAGAAAAGAAACUUUCUCCACUUUGUCUCUCUUCAUGCCAGUGCAUGUAUACAGUCAAACCUUUAAAUGGUUAUCAGACAAAAGAUAGUCUUUGCAUUUUGGGUGGUUGCUUAUGGGAGGUUUGACUGUAAAUGGUUGCCAACUGAGCAAGAUACUGCGAGGGUGGGGGUAACCCUGUGAUUGACUGGCAUCCAUUCCAGGGGGGGUGUCAACAUUUCUAGUGCUUAACGCCACAGAAACUGUUUUGACCCUUUAAGUUCCGAGAAUGACAAACUUCAAUAAUUUUAUUUUCUUCUUUUUAUAAAGGAUGCAUUCUACAGGCUACCUAGUAAAAUUUAUGGCUUAGCUCACCAUGAUUGUGAUUUAAGUACAAAAACUGGUAUCUGGAUAGCCUGGAAUCAAUUUUUGACUUGCUUCAACUCUCUGUCAGUUUCAAUGUCCAAGAUGGCCUAAGGGCAUUAGUCGCAGGCUAGCAUUUGGAACCGCUUAUUAAUUGUUCUUUCCUUUUCUUUUAUCAUGUUAUUAUUUAUUCAUUCAUUUAUUCUUUUGCUUUUCUUGUUUAAGUUAUGCUUUUUUAUUUAUUUAUUUAUUUAUUCAAGUAGAAAUUUUAUUGGUUCUUUCUGGUUAAUCAAACCAUUACCAUUUUGAAAAUAAACAUUAUAUUUUUCAAAUCUUUUGAGGGGCUUAUCUAAGGAGGGAAAUUAUGCAUCAUUCAAUUCCAGCAGAAAACCUAACGGGCAUUUGCCCGCCUUGUCAGUCCCGGGGGUGGAGCAUUUGCAAAUUUUGCACUGCCUGGGCUGUGCGCAGGUGGAGUUGACUGAUGCAUAAUACUGGAAAGUAAAUUUACUGUUUUUGCUUUGUUUUUCUUUGUAUUUGAGGGCAAGUAUCUUUGGAGGGGCGAUUUAACAGGGAGGUUUUCACAUCACUGGUUUGGGGGGCUUAUAUUUGGAGGGGCUUAUACAUGGAGGGGCUUAUUUUCAGAAUUUUACAGUAAUUUUAUAGCAACAUUUUCCUGUAAACAUCAAUCAAAGUCUGUAACCUAGCAUUAGUCAAAAUAUUGAGGGAAGAAUAAACUGAACUGAACUGAACUGAACUACUGAUUUUUGCCAGCUGUGUCCCGUGUUAAUUAUGUUACUUCAUUAAUUUGAAAGUAACAGGUAACCUUAGUGGUUUGUUCAUUUUGUUUUCACAGAAAUUGUUCGUUGCAGAGAGUGAUGACCUAAUAGAAAUGCAGUCGUCAUCAUCAACUCAAAGAACAGCAACUUCAUCAGCUGGAGUUGAAAAUUCAACUAUUUCAUCAAAUCAGUUAACAAAUGCUGUGUGUAUCAUUUGCCUAACACUUCCAGUCACCCGUGCCUUUCUUCCCUGUAGACAUGCAUGUGCGUGUGGACUGUGUUGUCAGCAGUUAAGCUACUGUCCCAUGUGCCGAGCACUUAUCCAGUCAUACUUCAUAGUGCAGGAUGAACCAUUUAUUGACGAUGCUGAGUCUGGUACUAGCUCUGAACUAAGGGGAAUGUCUCUUGGAGAAAUAUUAAGAGGUGUACUUUCUGCAAGCUAG